AAUUUCUCUGUCAAGAAGGGUUGAAUUACACCCUCUGUUAUCAUCAUCUUCGCUUCCAAGCAAUUCCUAUAUAUUUUUGAACCUUUCUUCUAUAAUAUCUAAAAGAUUAGGGUUUUUGCUUUCCUCUUCUUCUCUCUCAGAUCUAUUUCCGGCCUUCACAACGCUUCAAUUCGAUUCUGCAUUGGUAUGGUUUGAAGGACGGUCGGUGCAUUUCGGGGAUUACGCCAGCAAUUUGUGUUGAUUUUCUGGAUUCGGUCGAAUUGAAUUUGUUACCGGGUGCCAACGCUUGAAUGAUCUGAAUUGUGAUGGAGUUUUCGACUCUCUGGAUUAGUGAGUUGCAGAUCUUGAAAUUGGCUCCGCAACGUCGGUCGCAGCGCCACAUGGGUGGCCAGGUGCAGCAAAGCAAUGCCGCAGCGACUGCUCUGUACGAUCACCCCGGCAAUGCUAGCCAUGCCGGUGAUGCAGGGGAGGCAGUCAUGGCGCGGUGGCUUCAGUCCGCCGGCUUGCAGCAUCUGGCCUCUCCCAUGGCGUCCACCGGUGUCGACCAUCGGCUGCUACCUAACCUUCUUAUGCAGGGAUAUGGAGCACAAUCUGUAGAAGAGAAACAGAGACUCCUCAAAUUAAUGAGAAACCUCAAUUUUAAUGGUGAAUCUGGGUCUGAGCCAUAUACUCCAACUGCCCAAAGUUCAGGUGCUAUUGCAGUGUCAGAUGAUUUUUAUUCUCCAGAGUUCAGGGGUGAUUUUGGAGCUGGACUUUUGGAUCUGCAUGCUAUGGAUGACACAGACCUCUUAUCUGAGAAUGUGGUUACUGAGCCAUUUGAACCAUCACCUUUCAUGCCUGCUGUAAACAAAGCAUAUGAUAGUGACUUUGGUGUGCUGAACAGUCAGCAACAAAAGGAACAGAUAGAUGCACAUGCUUCUAUUGAGGUGCCUGGAAGUGAAAAAGAUAACACUACAAGGGAAAACAAUGUGGCAAAGAUCAAAGUAGUGGUGCGUAAAAGACCUUUAAACAAGAAGGAAAUUUCUCGUAAGGAGGAUGACAUUGUCACUGUAUCAUCUGAUGAUUGUUGUCUCACUGUGCAUGAGCCCAAACUCAAGGUUGACUUGACUGCUUAUGUGGAGAAGCAUGAGUUUUGUUUUGAUGCUGUUCUGGAUGAGCAUGUAACCAAUGACGAGGUGUAUCGUGUCACUGUGGAACCAAUUAUUCCAACCAUUUUUCAGCGCACAAAGGCAACAUGCUUUGCAUAUGGUCAGACUGGAAGUGGUAAAACAUAUACAAUGCAACCAUUACCUCUUAGGGCAGCUGAACACCUUGUUAGAUUGUUGCAUCAGCCAAUCUAUCGUAAUCAGAGGUUCAAGUUGUGGCUUAGUUACUUCGAAAUAUAUGGCGGAAAACUCUUUGAUCUUCUCAGUGAUCGAAAGAAACUCUGUAUGAGAGAAGAUGGGCGGCAACAGGUUUGCAUUGUUGGGCUACAGGAAUUUGAAGUUUCGGAUGUACAGAUAGUAAAAGAGUAUAUUGAAAGGGGAAACACUGCAAGAAGUACUGGUACCACUGGUGCCAAUGAAGAAUCAUCAAGAUCACAUGCAAUAUUACAGCUUGCUGUCAAAAAGCACACUGAAGGAAAAGACUCCCGUCGAAAUAACGAUGGAAAUGAAAUGAAGAUCGGAAAGGUUGUGGGGAAGAUUUCUUUCAUUGACCUUGCUGGCAGUGAAAGAGGUGCUGACACAACUGAUAAUGACCGACAAACAAGGAUUGAGGGAGCAGAAAUUAACAAGAGUUUGUUAGCUCUUAAAGAGUGUAUCCGUGCUCUUGACAAUGACCAGAUUCAUAUUCCAUUCCGAGGGAGCAAACUCACCGAGGUGCUUCGUGACUCAUUUGUUGGUAACUCGAGGACUGUCAUGAUUUCCUGCAUUUCUCCUAAUUCUGGUUCAUGUGAACACACCCUCAACACAUUGAGAUAUGCUGAUAGGGUCAAAAGCCUCUCUAAAAGUGGAAACACAAAGAAAGAUCAGAAUGCAAGCACUUUACCCCCUAUGAACAAGGAAACUUCUUCAGCACCGUCUUUGGCCAUUUAUGCUGAUGCUGGUGAUAUCAAUGAGCAGCUUCAAGGAUCAAAAGUAUCAGAUAUGGGUAGAAGGGUUUUGGAGGAAAGUGGGGCAACUUCUGGUGUUACUGAAAGGGAAAGGUUUGAAGUUAAGAAUACUUAUGGUGGUCCUCCUAGUCAGAAGGCUUCUUCAACAUCAUAUUCACAAAAUUCGAUGGAUACAGAAGAGAAAACUCAGAAAGUCUCUCCACCACGACGGAAAGCUUACAGGGAUGAAAAAACUGAAAACUCUGAAAGGCCAGGAAACUGGUCAAAAAACCAUAUCUCUAACUCAAAUUCCUUCGUGACUGGCAUCCCUAGCAUUAAAAGUACAAGCAUCCCUAGUACAAAAAGUACAGGCAUCCCUAGCAUACAAAAUACAAGCAUCCCUAGCAUAAAAAGUGUGGGAUUGAAACAACAAGAAGUCGGGUCAUCACCAGAGGAUGACAGUAUUAAUGAGAUAUUGGAGGAAGAAGAGGCCUUGAUUGCUGCCCACAGAAAAGAAAUUGAAGACACCAUGGAGAUUGUUCGUGAAGAGAUGAAACUGUUGGCUGAAGUUGAUCAGCCUGGGAGUCAUAUUGAUAAUUAUGUGACGCAGUUGAGCAUUGUGCUCUCACGCAAAGCUGCAAGCCUGGUCAGCCUCCAAGCUCGCCUUGCAAGGUUUCAACACCGGCUUAAAGAACAGGAAAUACUGAGUAGAAAGAGAGGGCUAUGACGCCAGGCAGUCAAAGAUUGGAAAAGAUAGAAACUUUACUGAAAAUUUGUGGUGUGAUGAUUCUGCGCUUGAACAAAAAAGUACUCAAGGCCUCAAUAGUGCUCCUGUGAAGCAGUUGUGCAGCUUCAAGGUCAGUUAGCUAUGUUGAAUUCUUUUGUGAAUGAAGGUUUGCAUUCCAAAUAUCAACAACUGCAAAGCUUGUAAUUAUCAAAUGUUGUCUUGUAAAUUAGUCGAAUAUUUUGAUUGAUGAGGUUCAGAUUUCAGUCUUUGAAUAUACUAAAUUGGUCCCCUAACUAUGGUGUAAAUUGUUUACUUUGCGAUGCCUAGCGGGUUGCAGAGUUUGCACACAUAUGGGGGAUGAUUGGUAAUUAGUUGAUGGUUGGGGUGUUUGACAGUAAGCUUUAACUGAUUGUUAGCUAUUUAUUACUCCGUAAUUGGUUAUGAAAAUGUAUUUGGUAUAUUAGUUGUUUA